GCCAGGUCCGGUGUGCAAAAGGCCUCGGCCACUAGGAUCCCUUGGUUUGGCAAGCCGGCCAAGAAGCCGAGGAGCACCCGCAUCAUUUAUGCAUGCACCCGUUGCGCCGCCACGGCAACUACACCGAAGCGGCUCCUCGCACAGGCGUGCGAGCGCAAACUCCCGACCUCCUCCCGCACCAAGUUUGAGGCGCGUGUGAGGGCUAUGAUCGCUGAUGCUCGGCAUGCUGCCCCUUUGCUUGAUGGUUGCCGCCAGCUGCUUGCUUGCAUUGCCCCGCCGGGGCCCGCGCGCCGCCGGCUCACUGCCAAGGCGCUGCCGCCGCCGGCUUUGCGUGCUCAUGAUGUUGCUGCUGUGGCCUGGCCUUUCUUGAAAGACCAGCGCUUCGAGCUUGAGCUCCGCUUUCUGUGCUUGCGCUGUGCCGCUUGCCGCAAGAGCCGGGUUUCCCUUGAUCGCCGCAAGCUGUGUGAUGCUGUUGUUCGGGGCGGGGCUCGUGUUCGCCGUGAGCUUGUGCAGGCCACGCAGGACCAGGACCCGGUCAUUGCCCGAGCCGCCAAGCAUGUGCUGCAGCUUCUUGACAAGGUACUGCCCGCCGAGGCGUCCAGACAGGCCGUCCCGACAGAGGUUGUUGCCCUUGGUGAUGCCGGGGAGACGCGGGUGCCUGAUCAUUCGAGGGCUGCUGUUGAAUCGGCUUUUCGCCAUGCGGGGUGGCACUGUGCUUUGGGCUCCCAAGCUGCUAAUGUGGCUGGGCAGGUUCAUUAUGGUACGGCCAUCCUUUCACGACUGCCUGUGAUGCCAUUCGCUUUGCCUGAGGGCUUGCUGCCUGUGGGGCGCGGCUCUGCUGUGCGGUUGCACCGCCCGGUGGGGCGGCCCAUCAUACUGCUCAACUUGUAUCUUCCGGCCGCCUCUGAGGCACUCGCUGCCAAGCUUCUUGAUGAUGUUUUCAGCUUCGCUGCGGCGCGGGGUGAUGAGACUAUUCUGCUAGGUGACUUCAACCUUCCUCCGGACCGGGCCCCGAUUGCUGACGCCAGGGCUGCGGGCUUCUGGCGGUUGGCUGACAAAACGAGGGGGACAUUCCUUUGCGGCCCACACGCCGGGAUGAGCACGGUCAACCUACAGGCCCCGGGUCCAGCCGAUCACGAUUUGGUGGCAUACUCCUUUUCUUUGGCUAAGGCUUGGGAGCAGGCGUGGGCCCAGCAUGAUGUUGCGUUUGACCAGGUGAUCGCUGAUGCUGCGUUGCGGCGGGCGGCCCAGCUUGAGGUUUCGGCUUCGCAGUGCCGGGUCAGGCAAUGGCAUGAUGCUGUGCAAAACAACGUGCACCGACUGCGGCGCUGGGUCUGCCGCACGGCUGCUCCGGCUCCUGGCCCCCUUGACGAUGCACCGGUGCAUCCCAUAGACAUUGUUGCUGCUGAGCAUGCCAAGUGGGGAGCUCAAUGGUCGACCCCCGCGCCGCACACUUCGGAGGAGACUCGCGAUUGGUGUGCCCGCCUGGGCCCGGCAACGGCUCCUUGGGCUGAUGACUUGCUACAUCCGACUCCUGCUGCGGUGCUGGCCUGCCUUCGGGCUAGCUCGCGGCGGGCUGCUGGCUUGGACUCCUGGGCGCCAGCUGCACUUGCGCUGCUGCCGCUGCCGUUCUUUCAGCUCUUGACUCGCUUGUGGAUCACGUUGCUGCCCAAGGAGGAUGGUGGCCUUCGUCCACUCGCCAUCGCUUCGGCGCUUUGGCGCGCCCUUGGCACUGUGGUGGUGCGCAACCUUCGGGCCUGGGCGCUUAGCUGGGCUCCAGCUUCACUCUUGGGCUCCAUGCCGGGGCGGUCCUGUGCCGACCUGCAUGCCAGUUUCGCUGCUGACCUGCACCACGCGAGGACCAACCGCCUUCACUUUGCGGGCUACAAAGCUGACAUCAAGCGUUGUUUUGAUUCUGUGCACGUGGCCCAGGCGCUUGAGGCUGGCGAUCCGGUUGAUCGGUUCUUCGGACUGCGGCACCAUCCCGAGAAGCUUGCUUGUUUUGGCACGGGCACGCUCACCAAAAGUUUUCUGGUGGCGAACGCUCAGUGGCUUGGGCCCCUCCGGCCGCACUUUGUGCUGUUGGGGGUGCACUACGCUGUAGGGCUCACCUGCUUGCCUGAGGCGUCCAAGCUCUCUGCUGUUGUGGCCUCUCGCUGUCAACGCAUUGGCUUUGCGGCGCGGGGGAUGGCCUUGCGCCGUGCUCUCGUGCGGCAGCUGGUGCUCCCACUCUUCGCUUGGUGUGCGCCAUGGAGCCAGUUCAAGGUUACUCACGUUCAGGCUUGGACUCGGAACGUUGCUUUUGCUUUGUGGGGCCGCCCUCCUGCGCCCAGCCGCUCCAGACUUCUCUUGUGGCAUGUGACCGGCAGGCCGCACCUCCACCCUGAGCAUGCUAUGGACUUUGCGGUGGCCCGCCAGGAGUGGUAUCGCUGCUCCAGGCAGCCUGCUGUGGAACUGACUCGGCCUGCCAUC